GCAGAUAUGAGUGUUGGACCAAGAUUUGUCCCUGUUGCACUUUUUCUUGGAAUUGUUCUCGCUCGCUGUGGCCACUGCAACCAAGUUGUGCUGCUGGAUACGACGUCUGUGCUUGGAGAGCUUGGAUGGAAGGCGUAUCCUAUAAAUGGGUGGGAUGCCAUCACGGAGAUGGACGAGCACAAUCGGCCCAUUCAUACUUUUCAGGUGUGCAACGUGAUGGAGCCCAACCAGAACAACUGGCUUCGAUCCAACUGGAUUUCUCGACAAGCAGCCCGAAAAAUCUAUGUGGAGCUUCGCUUCACCUUACGCGACUGCAACUCCAUCCCUUGGGUAUCUGGCACGUGCAAGGAGACCUUCAACCUCUUCUAUCAUGAGACUGAUGAGGCACACAGUAUAAAAUUCAAACCUGUUCAGUACACCAAGGUUGACACCAUCGCCGCAGAUGAGAGCUUCACUCAAAUGGAUCUCGGAGACCGGAUUCUGAAGCUCAACACUGAGUUGCGCGAGGUGGGCCCCAUGACCAAGAAUGGGUUCUAUCUUGCAUUCCAAGACAUUGGGGCCUGCAUUGCUCUGGUCUCAGUGAGAGUCUACUACAAGAAAUGCCCAUUCACUCUGAGGAACCUGGCCUCAUUUCCAGACACAGUGCCUCGGGUGGACUCAUCCUCAUUGGUGGAGGUGAGGGGGGCGUGUAUAGACCACGCAGAAGAAAGGGACACGCCCAAGCUCUUCUGUGGAGCUGACGGUGAUUGGUUAGUCCCCCUGGGAAGAUGUGUCUGCAGUGUCGGUUAUGAGGAGGUCGACGGCUCCUGCAUUGGCAUCGGUACUGUGCAUGCCACCUGCUGCACUAGGGGCUACUUUGCUGCUUGCAAAUUAUCCACACUGACUUGGUAA